UUUACGUGACCUGGGACUGACGCGUCCUAUUCCUCUCCCCUUCCUUCCUCCAAUCCGACUCCAACUGAAUCAGAUCCAUCCGCCACCCCCACCCGGCCAUGCUCCUCCCUCCAUCGCCGCCGCCGCCGCCGCCUUCUACAGUCCAGCCAUGACCCGGGCUGCCCGAUGGCGCCCCGCGGACGGACCCUGCUCCUCCCGCUCGCCGCGGCCACCCUGCUCGUCGCCUCCACCAUCUUCCUCUUCGCCGCCGUCGGCGCGCGCUGGCGGCCCGCCGACACCGGCCUCCCCGUCCCGCCCCACCAUGCCUUCCCCACCGCCGUCCCCGCGGCCGUGACCUCGACCGCUUCCUCCUCACCCAACGCCACCGCCGGCGACAAAGAGCUCUCCUUUCUUGACGAGAACGGCCAACCCGACGACCCUUCCUCCGUCUCAGCAUCCAGCUCCACCUCCUCCACCACCUCCGCGCCGGUCAGAUGCGACCCCCGCGCCGACGCUGCGGUCAAGGUCUUCAUGUACGACUUGCCGCCGGAGUUCCACUUCGGCCUCCUCGGCUGGUCCCCGCCUUCCGCUGACUCCGUCUGGCCAGACGUCACCCCCGGCUCCUCCCCGCCGCCGCCGCGCUACCCCGGGGGGCUCAACCAGCAGCACAGCGUGGAGUACUGGCUCACGCUCGACCUCCUCUCCUCCUCCUCUUCCACCCCACCCCCCUGCGGCCGCCACUCGGCAGUGCGGGUGGCCGACUCCCGGGACGCCGACCUCGUCUUCGUCCCUUUCUUCGCGUCGCUCAGCUACAACCGCCACUCCCGUCCCGUGCCGCCCGAGAAGGUGAGCAGGGACAGGGCCCUGCAGGAGAAGCUGGUGGCGUACCUCACGGCGCGGCCGGAGUGGAGGAGGUUCGGUGGCGCCGACCACGUCAUCGUCGCGCACCACCCCAACAGCUUGCUGCGUGCCCGGGAGACACUGUCUCCGGCCGUGUUCGUGCUGUCGGACUUCGGGAGGUACCCACCGAGAGUGGCUAGCUUGGAGAAGGAUGUCAUUGCGCCAUACAAGCACAUGGCUAAGACGUUCAUCAAUGACUCGGCUGAGUUUGAUGACCGACCCACGUUAUUGUACUUCCGGGGAGCAAUUUACAGGAAGGAGGGAGGGAGCAUUCGACAGGAGCUAUAUUAUAUGCUCAAAGAUGAAAAGGAUGUUUACUUUUCCUUUGGAAGUGUCCAGGACCAUGGGGCCAGCAAAGCCAGCCAAGGAAUGCACUCAUCAAAAUUUUGCCUAAACAUUGCCGGGGACACCCCUUCUUCCAAUCGCCUGUUUGACGCGAUAGUGAGCCACUGUGUCCCUGUUAUCAUUAGUGACAACAUUGAGCUACCUUAUGAGGACGUGUUGGAUUAUUCAAAGUUCUCCAUUUUUGUCCGUUCGUCUGAUGCUGUUAAAAAAGGUUACCUGAUGCAACUGCUCAGUGGUGUAAGCAAGCAACAGUGGACAAAGAUGUGGAAUAGGCUCAAAGAGGUGGAUAAACAUUUUGAGUAUCAGUAUCCAUCCCAGAAGGAUGAUGCAGUUCAGAUGAUCUGGCAAGCAUUGUCUAGAAAGGUGCCAACAAUUAAGCUGAAGGUUCAUAGAUCUAGUAGAUUUUCAAGAUCUGACAGAGGAAAAUAAAUAGAAAAGGGGUGUGUGUGUAUCUUGUCUCUGUUGGCUAAUCUAAUGUAACACAUUUCACUGACACAGGCUCUCAGGUUUUCUCAGUUGCACAAAAUAGAUAGAUUGUAAUAUUCAGGUUAUCUUUAGGAAAGGUUUCUACCGUAGGAUUUGUUGGUCCAGUUGAAGCAUAUACUGUCAAGUCAAAGGCUUGUUAUUUUGUAAGGUAUGUUAAAUGUGAUCAUGGAAGAGUGACAAUAGUUUUGCUGUUUCUGAACAUUGUGGGAUUGAAACCGAUAUUCUUCUGGCACGUGGCAGAUUUUAUUUAGCCUUU